GAUUAUUAUUCAGUAAUAUGAAAUAAUCUGGGAAAAUAUACCCUACUCUCGGUUAAUUUACUGUUUUUUUUUGUCAUUUACAAAUUCCACAUGAGUUCACCUUCUGGUAGUCAAGAUUUCUCCUCGUUGGAUAGUCGUGAACGUCAACGUCAGCGUAGUGUGAAUCAAGCAUUUGCAGCACUUCGAUGUGUAUUGCCCACACAUCCACCGGAUAAAAAAUUGAGUAAACAUGAAAUUCUACGCCUGAGUAUAAAGUAUAUUCGAAUAUUAGAAGCUAUUCUGAAAUAUCAAGAAGAAGUAGAAGGACAUUCAUCUAUUUCAUCGAAUGGAUCACAUAUUGUCACAUUCUCUUCUUCUUCUUCAUCCUCCUCCUCCUCCUCCUGGACAUUAUCGUCAUCAUCGUUUAAUAAAAAUAAACCUUCGAAUACUCCUCACAAGAGAACAUCUUAAUUGGCGAAGUGAUUUUCCCGUAAUUAAUUUAUUCCUAAUCACAUUCCUUCACAAACUUAUCGUCUGUCUUCAUAUUUGAUGGCUUCACUUACAUCAGUGUUGAUUGCGUUUUCAUAACAAUCUAUCAUGACAUAAAAAAAACAAACGAAGUUAUUCUUCAUGUGAAUGAAUCCUUUAUUCUCGUAAUAAUUCAUAACUUCUGUUGUUUUUAUAUUUACAGUUUGCUGUAUGACCUAUUUG